CCUAUGUAAGCCCUGGGACGGACGAGGUCCAGCCCACAGCAUCAGGACACGAACCAAGGACUUGCCAGUUGGUUGCAAUUCGAUUUGACGAAACGGGAUUAUCAGCGAGAGGCCAUGAUGGGCUUGUUUAUACUUGCCCUUCUAAGUCUCGUGGCUGGGCAGGAGAUUUCUUCACGAGGAAGACAACUAGGUUUUCAACAUCAACCUUCUGUUUUGGGAUCCAAUCAUUGGUGGGACUUGGUGGAUAUUCACAAGUUGGAUGUACAACGUGAUCCUGCGAAGGAUGUUACUACUACUUCAAAACCGUUCGUGACCUCAGUCAGACAGUUUUAUCCUGGAUUUCCUGGUUCUCCUGGUUCGCCGGGAUCACCUGGUUCUCCUGGUUCUCCGGGUUCACCUGGUUCUCCGGGAUCGCCUGGUUCUCCAGGAUCUCCUGGUUCUCCAGGAUCUCCUGGUUCGCCGGGAUCACCUGGUUCUCCAGGAUCACCUGGUUCUCCGGGAUCACCUGGUUCUCCGGGAUCUCCUGGUUCGCCUGGUUCUCCCGGUGUAGGAGAGAUUCCUAGACCAAUUUCAAGUACUUCGUUGCCUCCAUUACCGCCGACUCCUGCGCCAGGCUGUCUUGGUCUCAGAGGACAAUUUCCAAGUCCCAAAAGUUGUGCGAGUUACCUUAACUGCUGGGACGAUGUGGUGAUUGAACAACAAUGUCCUGGUGGACUCUUGUUCAACGACCUCAACGGUGUUUGCGACUUUGAGUACAACGUCAAUUGCGGUAGCAGACCUGGUCCCACGCCUAAACCGCCUUUACCACCCGGAUCCAAAUACUGCUCAGAUCUAAAUGGGCGAUACAGAAGUUCGACCAACUGUUCGGUAUUCUAUGUAUGCCUGCACGGUCGUCCAAUCAAGUUCAGCUGUCCCCGUGGACUCGUGUACAGUGAUGAACUGGGCGUAUGCGACUACCCUUACAAAGUAGACUGCCAAGGAGCUGCCACACCAAAGCCACCACCACCAAUUACGCCAAUAAUCGAGCCAAUAACACCAACACCUCAUCCUCCGCGUCCUCAAUAUCCUCAACCUCAGCCACCUCAACCUCAACCACCUCAACCUCAACAACCUCUACCUCAACCACCUCAACCUCAGCCACCGUACAUCCCAAAUCCCUAUCCAACACAACCAUCAACGCCUCAACCACCAAUAACAUACCCUCCUCAACCAGGAUAUCCUCCACCAGUCUCUUACCCCGGCAAUCCCUGGUUGACCAAGGUAGAGCCAGACCCCUGGCAUCAGCGACCUGUUGCUUCUCAAAUAGAAUUAGACCUUAAGAAUCAGGCACAGCAGCCGCCUUCGGUAGUAGGAGCUCUUGCUGACGAGACGCAGACACCCAUCAUACAACACCCUUGGGGAUUAGUACAGGCACUUCCAGCAGAGCUGACGAAAGCGCCCUGCGAAAAUGGAAAUGUACACAGACUGACGGAUUCUUGCAGCAGCGUCGUGGUCUGCAGGAACAGUCGUCCUCAGUUGGUGCAGUGUCCAUCAGGUCAAAUAUAUGACAAACCAUCAGACUCCUGCAGACACUUUACUAUUGCUAAAUGCUAACCGAGAAGCCAUCUAGAACUUCCGCUCUGUAAUGCAAGCUUGAAUAAAUGAAUUUUUAUAUCUAAA